GGACAAACAAGAAGUCUCGACUCUCGCUUGACUAUAAAUUUAAGCAAAGUACGAACUACGGAGCAAUUGUUUAUAGUGGAAAAUCCUUAAAUAAUUUAAAGUAAUUCUUUUAAAAUGACUUCAAUUAAAGACGCUGCAUCUCUGUAUCAAAAUUUAAAAACGGAAUGGGCCAAAAAACCACGCAAGUUGGACAAAUGCGGUGAACUUCUUAACAAAAUUAAGAUUGCCCUGACCAAUCUAACUUUCUUACCCAGUAACAACACACAGGCUAACCAGAAAGAGUUAAUACUUGCUAGAGAUGUUCUUGAAAUUGGAGCACAAUGGGCAGUGGCUGUUAAAGAUGUUAAAGCUUUUGAGAGAUACAUGUCUCAGUUAAAGUGCUAUUAUUUUGAUUACAAAGAUCACUUACCGGAGUCAGCUUUUAUGUACCAACUCUUAGGUUUAAAUCUGCUAUUUCUGCUUGCUCAAAAUAGAGUUGCUGAGUUUCAUACAGAAUUGGAAAGACUGCCUGUUGAUGUGAUCAGAGCUGACCCUUAUGUUAAACAUCCUCUAGCCUUGGAGCAAUACCUCAUGGAAGGAAGUUACAAUAAAAUAUUUUUGGCAAAGGACAAUGUACCAGCAGAGAGUUAUACCUUUUUCAUGGACACUCUCUUAGAUACAGUGCGUGGGGAAAUAGCAGCUUGUAUUGAAAAGGCUUAUCUGAAGAUACCUUGUGUUGAGGCUGCUCGAAGGUUGAACUUGAACACACAACAGGCUGUACUUGAAUAUGGCAAGAGGCGAAACUGGGUCCUUGGGUCAGACAACUGUUACCAGUUCAAUGCAGCUGAAGAAAGUUGUGCAGCAGCUGCUGGUGUAUUUCCUUCGUCAGAUCUUGCAGAACAAACCAUUGAAUAUGCUAGACACCUCGAGAUGAUUGUAUAAAUAAAUAAUUUUGAAAAUCU